AAGUGACAGUUGUCAAGUGUCUUCUCACAGUAGUGCAGCUUGUGAAAUCAUAUGGAUCGCAGUUUUUCUGCUUAGAUAUUGUUUUAUACCACGCAUGCUUAAAGGUCUUGAGUUCAAAUCUCGUACCCAAAUACUUCAAAAAAACCUGUUUUCCAGUAUUCAUGUCUACAGUAACGCUUUCUCAAACAAGCAACGUCCAGAAGCGUCAAAUUUUCACUAUCGGCAUCUUUAUAGCAUUCAUGAAAUUCAAAAGCUGUGCAUCAUAUUGAAAAUUCGACUGAAGACGAACAUAAAUCCUCUUCUACAUCUUUAAUUCAUGGUAAUUACAAGUCCUUUGAGGAUCAGAUUUUGUAAAGUUAACGAAGAUGGUGGCAAUUGACAGCGGAGCGUUCGAAUCACUCCUGGCAGAGACGGGGUUAUUGAACGAGACAGGAGGCGGCCAUCUCCGAGUGGUAGCGUUUUCAGUCUUUGUUUCGGUGUUAUGCGCGUGCAUCGUGGUCGGGCACUUAUUCGAGGAGAAUCGAUGGGUUAAUGAGUCCAUCAAUGCGCUAGUUAUUGGAAUUUUUAGUGGAUUUGUGGUUCUUCUGUUUAGCAAAGGCACAAAUUCCCAUAUCUUGAGAUUUGAUGAAGAUUUUUUUUUCUUGUAUCUUCUUCCACCAAUAAUCUUCAAUGCUGGGUUUCAAGUUAAAAAGAAACAGUUUUUUCGUAACUUCAUCGCUAUCAUGUUAUUUGGAGUGGUGGGAGUGUUUAUUUCAUUUGCCAUUAUCUCAGCUGGUUGCUGGUUGUUAUUUCCAAAGUUGGGCAUUUCAGGACUUACAAUACGCGAUUACCUUGCACUGGGAACAAUCUUCUCGUCUACCGAUACAGUUUGUACUUUACAGGUUUUACAUCAGGAUGAAACUCCCUUACUCUACAGCUUGGUUUUUGGGGAGGGUGUUGUGAAUGAUGCAACAUCUGUAGUGCUUUUCAGAGCCGUUCAAAAGUUUAGUGUUACAGAAGCUGAGGGCCUGACAGUACUACACAUAGGAGCUGAUUUUCUAUACCUUUUUUUCACUAGUACAAUACUUGGAGUUGCGACUGGGCUUUUGACCGCUUAUGCUAUAAAGAGCUUGUACUUUGGAAGGCAUUCAACAGAUCGUGAAAUUGCACUUAUGGCAUUAAUGGCCUAUUUGUCAUAUAUGUUAGCAGAGCUUUUACUCCUCAGUGGUAUUCUUACUGUUUUCUUCUGUGGAAUCGUCAUGUCACAUUACACCUGGCAUAAUGUGACUGAGAGCUCUCGAAUCACAACAAAGCAUACAUUUGCAACUCUGUCUUUCAUUUCAGAAACAUUCAUAUUUCUUUAUGUAGGGAUGGAUGCAUUGGAUAUGGAAAAGUGGAGAAUGUCAAAGUCAAGCCCUGGAACAUUCAUUGGAAUCUUUUCUUCAGUCAUGUUACUAGUUCUACUUGGAAGAGCUGCUUUUGUUUUUCCUCUCUCUGCUUUAUCCAAUUAUCUGCAAAGGGGUACUCGAAAUACAAGGAUUACAUUGAAACACCAGGUAGUUAUAUGGUGGGCUGGUUUAAUGCGAGGAGCUGUUUCUAUUGCCUUGGCAUUCAACCAGUUUGCAACUUCUGGAAUUUCAUGGAAUCCCACGGAUGCCACAAUGAUCACAAGUACGAUCAUUGUGGUACUAUUUAGCACAGUGGUUUUUGGGAUUUUGACCAAACCACUGAUAGGCUGGAUAAUGCCUCAUUCUAUGAGAUCAAUAGAUGUGUCAGAUCCACCUACUCCAAAGGAUGUGGCUUUUGAAGCAGAAUUGGGACUUCCACUUCUUUCACAAGAUGAUCCAAGUCAGGGUAAUGCUAUCAGGCGAAGAAGCAGUCUAUCUCUGCUCCUAGAACGGCCAACACACACCAUCCACUAUCUUUGGCGUAAAUUUGAUGAUUCAUAUAUGCGACCAGUUUUUGGUGGCCGAGGUUUUGUUCCAUAUGUUUGUGAUUCCUUUAAAGAAGGAGAGCCUUCUGAGUCUAGUAACGGCUAAAUCCUUGCAGGUUGGUUUUUUGGUGUUUAAUGUCUGAUGGAGUGAAGUUAAAGGCUGUUCUAAUAUUGUGCAAAAGUAUGGUUGAGCAAAGUUGGUUGCAUUACCUCAUAUUUCUUCGUGAGGGUUUAUCAUAUUUUUCACCGUGGGCUGGCCAUUGCAAGUGAGAAACCAUAUCAUGCCAAAUAGUUUGUGCAUGGUUGAUGAUGAAAUUUAUGCAGAAGGGUAUUUGGUUAAAUUUUGCAGGAUCGUAGGUCACACUAUUUACAAAAAUUCAUGGAGCCAAUUUAUUGAUCCAUUCACCCCAUUUGAGUAACAGUUUGGGUACUGAUAGCUGAUUUAUGUUUCCAAUGAUGUGCAUCAUGAGUAAAAGUCUAUUGUAUUAUAGGUUGAUUGAGUUUGCUACAUAUCUGAUUUUUUCAAAGUGUAUUUCAAUCCCAAUGAUAUGAUUGCUAACAUAAGUUUGUCA